AUGUUUUCCAAAACACUCGGAGCUCCUCCGAAAGAUCCAACAUUCAUAGUAUUAGGCAGACAAGCUUUUUCAUGCGGACAUUCAAAUACAAUUGGCGUCAGACCAACAAUGGAAGAUACAGCAGUUGUUGUUGGAGAUUUUGCAGGUCCAGGAACAUCAUACUAUGGUGUAUUCGAUGGGCAUGGAGGCGUUGAUGUUGCAUUAUACUGUGCAAAUAAUUUUCAUAGGGUUUUUGCUAACAAAUUUCAUACUUCUGCUAAUGUCGAAACGGUUAUUAAAGAAACAAUCCUUGAAAUAAAUAGUGUAGCAGUAAAGAGAUGGCCUGACCAAGGUUGUACACUUGCCGUAGCUAUUAUCAUAAAAGACAUCAUUUACACAGCAAACUUAGGAGAUACUCGCAUCGUUUUAGUUAAUGGAGACCAGACAACUAGAUUAUCCUACGAUCAUAAGGCAACUGAUCCAGAUGAAGUUGCAAAAGUGGUCAGGCUUGGAGCUGCGGUUUUUGGAGGUCGCGUUUGUGGAAUGUUAGCUCUGACAAGAGCCAUAGGUGAUGGAGAGCUUAAUGAUUUCUUGAUUCGCGAACCUACAUUAAAUCGUCUUAAAAGGAAAGACGGGAUGCAGCUUAUUAUCGCAUGUGAUGGAGUCUGGGAUGUAAUGACCGACGAAGAAGCGGCAAGAAUAGUUAGAAAUUCAAAUAAUACAGCAGAAUCAGCAAGAAAGAUUAAAGAUACAGCAGUUAGUCGUAGUACACAAGAUAACGUUUCAGUUUUAGUUAUCAACCUUACAUACAAAUAA